CACUAGCAACCUGCCGUUUAGUUUAGCAACACUGUCUCACAUGACAUGAAGGAGAGAGAGAGAGAGAGAGACUUAUUUACCUUACACCAAACAGAGGACGCUCCCAGAGUUCAGAUAUAAAUAUACUUUUAAAACUUAUUCCGCAAAAUAGUGAGAUGUUGAGAGAGGAUGAUUUAACGGGAGUUCAGACUUCAGAGCAGAGUUUUAUGAAGAGAAUGAUGGAGAAGGUCAGACUGAUACACGAUGAGCAGGUUCUCUAGAGCGUCCUGGUUUCCGGCUCCUGCAGGGUCUCCAUUCAGCCUCAUCGAUUGAAGGACGAUGUUUCAAACCCUGAAGCUGGAUCUGUGACAUCGCUGGGCAUCUGGAGGUUUUUCUUUGGAAGCAAGGACCGUUUGUUUUGGAACACGAUGUCGCACGAGUGCUCCGUGAGUGUCCCGGAGGAGCGCAGAGCUUCUGCGAGAGCUCGAUCAGACGGGUUCUCCUGCGUCCCACAGUUUCUGAGGCUGUCCUUCUCGCCGGCGUCCCUGGAGAAGGUGUACCAGACGUACUUCCGGCGCCAGCGGCAGGAGACGCUGCUCGUCCUUGUGGUCUUUGCUGCGCUUUUUAACUGCUAUGUGAUCGUGAUGUGUGCCGUCAUGUACUCGGGGGAUAAGAUGGCGACGGUGGCAGCGGCGGGGGUGGGGCUCGGGGCAGACGUGGUGCUCUAUGUGUUCUGCAGGUUCCGCGUGCUGCCGGAGGCCGUGAUGCGUCACACUGUGCCGGUUCUGCUGUGGAUCCUCAUCUCUCUGCACGUGCUGUUUUAUAUAGGGUUCAACUUCGCCGGGUUUAACGAGGCGAGCGACGCGGUCGGGUGGCAGACCUUCUUCACCUUCUCGCUCUUCCUCACCAUGCCGCUGCCGCUCACACACAUCCUCAUACUGGCAGCCAUCACAUGCAGCGUGCACACGGCCCUGCUCGCCAUCGUCAUCACACUCAGGUGGCAGGUCAACCUACAGAGCUCUGUACUGGCUCGACAGCUGGUGGCUAACGUGAUGCUGUACCUGGGUGCUGUGGUGGUGGGCGUGAUGUCAUAUUUCAUGGCUGAUCGUAAAUAUCGCACAGCGUUUCUGGAAGCAAAACAGUCACUGGAGGUUCGACUCACACUGGAGGAACAGAGCCAGCAACAGAAUGCCACCGGAGACUCUGCGACCAAUCAGAGCGAGACGGGCCGUGUCACAUCGCCAUGGCAACGACGCUCUAGAGACAAGCAUGCCUUACGCAUACAAUCCCAAAUCUCUGAGGAGCUGCUGCUGUCCAUUUUGCCGAAGCACAUUGCUGAUGAGAUGCUGCAGGGAAUGAAGAACGAAGCUACUCAGAAAUCAGAGGCACAACAGUUCAACACAAUGUACAUGUACCGACAUGAGAACGUCAGUAUCCUCUUUGCUGAUAUUGUAGGUUUUACUCAGUUGUCGUCGGCCUGCAGCGCUCAAGAACUGGUCAAGCUGCUUAAUGAACUCUUCGCCCGCUUCGACAAACUAGCUGCUCAACAUCACCAGUUGCGUAUUAAGAUCCUGGGUGAUUGUUAUUACUGUAUCUGUGGAUUACCGGAUUACCGUGAAGAUCACGCAGCCUGUUCCAUCAUGAUGGGCCUCGCCAUGGUGAAGGCCAUCUCGUACGUGCGUGAGAAGACUCAGACAGAGGUGGACAUGCGUGUGGGCGUGCACACUGGUACAGUUCUGGGCGGAGUUUUAGGACAGAAACGUUGGCAGUUUGAUGUCUGGUCCACUGAUGUCACCGUCGCUAACAAAAUGGAGUCCGGCGGAAUCCCGGGGCGUGUACACAUCUCCCAGGCAACAAUGGACUGUCUGCACGGAGAGUUCGAGCUGGAGCCGGGGAACGGAGGAGAGCGCUGUGAGUACCUGAUGGAGAAAGGUAUUGAAACUUACCUGGUGAUUGUUCCCAAGGAAACAGACACAGUGGGCGGAGUCAGUAAUGGAUGGAUGGGUGGUGUACUGACCAAUGGGAACUCUGCUCCACUCAUCGCCACCACGGAGACAACGGGCAGUGUGUGUUCCGUCCGCAGCAUCGCUAAUAAUACGGGCGAGGGAAGCACACAGAAGCUGCAGUUGAGCAAUCUGUCAGACGGAGAGAUGGAGAACCAACAGGAACUGAACAGACUGCUGAGUAAAGCUCUACUGGACCGAGAGUCAGAGAAGACGAUGAAGGAGAAGAGCACCACCGCUCUGUCUCUGCACUUUGUCGAUUCCGAUCUCGAGUCUCGUUACUCGGCAGAGAAAGAACGUCAGACUGGCAUCGCGUUCAGCUGCAGUUGCAUCAUUCUUCUCUUCACCUCCGCCAUGGAAGUUCUGAUCGAUCCUCAGCUGACGGUAAACUAUGUAACGCUGGCAGUGGGUGAAGUGCUGCUCCUCAUCCUCACCAUCUGCUCACUGGCAGCCAUUUUCCCAGGGCUGUUCUCAGAGAAGCUGGUGUCGUUCUCAAUGUGGAUCGAUCGGACACGCUGGGCGAGGAACACCUGGGCAAUGGCUGCCAUCUUUGUUCUGGCCAUGGCUGAGGUGGCUGACAUGUUGAGCUGUCAGCCCUCAGUCAUUCUUCUCAACACCACUUCAGGACUAACGCUGAAGUUUCUGGGUGAAGGUGGUUGUGUUGAAAACCCACAAUACUACAGCUUCAUGGCUGUGCUGUCGCUCGUGGCAACCAUGAUGCUGGUUCAGGUCAGUCACCUCGUAAAGCUCGCACUAAUGGCGCUCAUUACCGUGGCAACUGCCAUAGUGGACAUCUACAGCUGGAGGACCAUUUACGAAAUCUAUGACAGCAUACGCUUUCUGAACUUCAGGUAUGGCCGGGUUCCUACUGAAUACCUGAUGACGGUGAUGAUCAUUGUGAUGAUGAUUAGCUUCUACUACUUUGCUCGGCAUGUGGAGCGUCAGUCUCGUAAGUUGUUCCUGUGGAAGAUUGAGGUUCAUGACCAGAAGGAGAGAGUGUAUGAGAUGAGGACGUAUAAUGAGGCUCUGGUCACUAACAUGCUGCCAGAACACGUGGCCAAGCACUUUCUGGGCUCCAAGAAACGAGAUGAGGAGUUGUACAGUCAGUCGUAUAAUGAGAUCGGUGUGAUGUUUGCGUCCAUCCCAAAUUUCUCGGAUUUCUACACAGAGGAAAGCAUCAACAAUGGCGGAAUCGAGUGUCUGCGCAUCCUUAAUGAGAUCAUCUCCGACUUCGACACGCUGCUGGACCGGCCUGAGUUUCUCUGCAUCACUAAAAUAAAGACAAUCGGCAGCACCUACAUGGCAGCUUCAGGAGUGACCCCAGAGAGCAACACUAACGGCUACAGCAGCCGAAAGAAGGAGGAUCAGUGUAUUCUGGAACGUUGGCAGCAUUUAGCUGAUUUGGCAGAUUUCGCUCUGGCGAUGAAAGUCACACUGAACAACCUGAACAAACAGAGCUUCAACAGCUUCAUGCUACGCAUCGGAUUGAACAUGGGUGGUGUGUUAGCCGGUGUGAUCGGAGCGCGGAAGCCUCAUUAUGAUAUUUGGGGAAACACUGUGAAUGUGGCCAGUCGCAUGGAGUCCACUGGAGUUAUGGGUAAUAUCCAGGUUGUGGAGGACUGCUAUAAGAUCCUCAGGGAGUACGGGUUCCGCUUCGUACGCAGAGGACCCAUCUAUGUGAAGGGAAAAGGAGAACUACUCACCUUCUUCAUGAAGGGAAAAGACAAGCCGCCUCCCACAAACGGCACCACCGCAAUCCCAACCCUCCCCCACCAGAUACCCCCCAACAACUGAACACCCCCACCCCCCCACCCCCCUGGUGAGGCACAGUGUGAUCCAGAUGCCGAGAGACAACGUUACCUGGUAAAAAAAAUCAAUCAAUUUAGCUGAAUAGCAAGCUAACUGAAUAGCUUGCUAAUAUUAUCUGUGUUUAGUUACCUCGUUAGCUGAACUCUACAUGAAAAGAAUGGCAAGGGGGCGUGACGUCACUUCAGCUCGAUGAUUGGCUGAUCAGCUUGAAUUUAAGCUCCACCCCCAGCCCCACCCCAUCAUCCCCCUCCAACACACACUUACUCUACACUCUAUACACUUCUGUAGCUUUCGGUUUUAUUUUUCUCUGAUUAUUUAUAGCCGCUUGUGAUGGCUGUGUAAAAGUAAUGGCACCCUCAUUCACAUCUCAAGUAACACAUCUCUGCAUCAGUGUUCUGCUUCAUGACGGAAUGACUGCUGUAUAAAUCAUCUAUAUAUCACACACACACACACACCAUGUUAAUAUUCUGUUAAUAAUCUAGAUUAUUUCAGUUAUGUUGUGAAAUAAAGAUGUUUCCAGAUUAUUUUACGUGAAUGUUUCAUGUCUUUGUGUAAAAUAAUGAUGCUAAAAAUAAAACUGCUGUCCUACUGUGCAUUUUUAAAUACUCUUUCUCUCUCCACACACACACACAAAAAGACGAUUAAACUUGAGAUUAUUAAACAAUUUUAUUUAGAUUAAUUAGACUCCACAGUGUUUAUUGUGGGACAAGUAUAUGUGGGGAAUUAGAGGAGUGAAUAAAGUAGUGAAUAAAGAAGUGAAUAUCGGAUUGAAGGAGUAAAUAAAGGAGUGAGGGACUGACUAAAGGAGUGAAUAAUGGUGUGAAGGAGUGAAUAAAGAAAUGAAUAUAGGAAUGAAGGAGUGAAUAAAGGAGUGAGGGACUGACUAAAGGAGUGAAGGAGUGAAUAAUGGUGUGAAGGAGUGAAUAAAGAAGUGAAUAUCGGAUUGAAGGAGUAAAUAAAGGAGUGAGGGACUGACUAAAGGAGUGAAGGAGUGAAUAAUGGUGUGAAGGAGUGAAAAAAGAAAUGAAUAUAGGAAUGAAGGAGUGAAUAAAGGAGUGAAGGAGUGAAAAAAGAAAUGAAUAUAGGAAUGAAGGAGUGAAUAAAGGAGUAAAGGAAUAUAU